AUGGCUGCGGGUUGGCGUGCUUCUUUGACCGCUGCGACAGCGCUGCUGCUGCUGCUGGAGUCGUGUGUGGGCGGCGGAGCGCCCGUGGUGCGGACUCGCCAGGGCGCCGUCAGGGGGACCGCCCAGCUGUCCAGCAGUGGGCGCCACACGCUGGCCUUCUACAACAUUCCUUACGCGAAGCCACCCGUAGGGUCAUUGCGAUUUAAGAGUCCUCAACCACCGGAAGAGUGGGAAUACAUCCGUGAUGCCACAACUCCUGGGCCUUCGUGUUCACAGUUCUCAUUAGAUGGGUUGGAGGGAAGCGAGGACUGUCUGUACCUCAAUGUAUUCACACCAGAGUUACACCCUACGGAGCUCCUUCCGGUAAUGGUGUGGAUUCACGGUGGUGGUUUCAUGCUAGGCAGCGCCACAACCUAUGAAUAUAGAUAUCUUAUAGACUACGACGUAGUUGUUGUCUCUAUUAACUAUCGUCUUGGUCCUCUAGGCUUCCUGAGUACAGGCGAUGAGGCUUCUCCUGGAAAUUAUGGCUUGAAAGACCAGGUGGCAGCGCUUAGGUGGGUUAAAGAGAACAUUGAAGCGUUCGGUGGCGAUCCUGGGAGCGUCACCAUCUUUGGGGAGAGUGCUGGCGGUGCGAGUACUCACUACCUCAUGCUGUCUCCGCUGGCCAAAGGUCUUUUCCACCGGGCGAUAUCCCAGAGCGGCGUAGCGCUGUCGCCGUGGGCAGUUUCUCAGACUGGCGGUGAGCAGAAUGCGCGAAAGUUGGCUGCCCUGAUGGAUUGUCCAACGGAGCCCAGUGCAGCGCUGGUUGACUGCCUCAGGAACGUAGACGACUACAAGCUUGCUGGGGCUCAGACUCAAUACGCGGAGUGGGGCAUGUAUGCUCCUCUCAUACCAUUCCGACCAGUUGUGGAGGCUGAUGGACAGGACACGUUUCUACCAAGGCAUCCAGUUCAUCUACAGCCCCACACUGCUGUUCCAUGGCUGUUAGGGGUCACUAAAGAAGAAGGAAGCUUCUUUGCAGGCGCUAUCCUCGGAAACGACACGAUGAUGCAAGAGUUACAGCAGGAGAGCAAGAGGCUGCUUCCUUUAGUGUUAUCUUACGACUCGUCGCAGCAGGCGGACUUUAUAACCGAGAAAAUUAACGACUUCUACUUCCCCUCUGGGGAGAUUACUCCAGACAAACUAACACAGUUAUUUUCGGAUGCCUUCUUUGUCUGGAACACAGAUGAAGCUAUUAGGAAGUACAAAGACACAGCUCCGGUCUAUUAUUACGUAUUUUCAUAUAAAGGGAACCUGCGGAUGCAUCAUGCGUUUGGAAUAAAAGAUUUAGGUAUUUGUCAUGGAGAAGACUUGUUAUACUUACUUUCAAACAACACAUACCUUCCAAUAAUCGGCGAGAGGCCCGAGAACGACAUUCAGAUGGUUAAAAUCAUGACUAAACUGUGGACGGACUUCGCAAGAACUGGAAAUCCAACACCAACUGACGAGCUGGUGAAUUGGCCGAGAGUGACUUCUGACGACCUGUUGGAAUAUCUGGAUAUAGGCCAGACACUACAGGUGAAGAAAGGGCUCUUCCAAGAGCGAGUAGACUUCUGGAGAUCGCUGCCUCUCAGAGAAACACAGCAUCAGAGCAAAGUCAGAGAGGAACUCUGAUUUUAGAUAAAAUGGAAGCCGAUUUUACACUAAAAUUUUCUUGAAACAAGACUGUAUACAAGAAGUUUAACGCUGUGUUUGUUAUUAUCUUUGAAUGUACAUGUCACUGUCUUCAGAGAAAUAUCAAGUGCCUACAGAAAAUGAUAAAUUUGUUAAUGUCUGUUUAUUCAUAGGAAACACGAAUUCUCUAAAGGUGACUUAAUUAGACCUGAUAGGCACUGUAAUUAUAAUUAUCACAGAGAAUGUUCAAUUAUUCUUUCGAAGAAGUCAAUGAUUUGGAUACUAUUGAAACUCUCCUACAAAAGUGUAUGUUUUGAUAUCCUGGUGUAAUGAUAUUCUAUAUUAAAAAUAAUGAAAAUUCAAGUGAAUUCCACUAAGCGGAUUCCGUACACUGUUUCACAGAGCGUUCAAGCUGUAUAACAAUAAGCUACUGGACUUUCCAACUGCAAAACUACCACCAAAAGGAAUAGACACCGCACAAUCGUUGUCUGCAUGUGUUUUUUCAAGUGAUAUUUAUUGCAAUUCAUUACGCUUCUGUGUUUAUAUUCUUUACAUCACAGAACUUAAAAAAUGCUCUCUUUUUAGCUUUUCAUUGUAAUAAUACAUCUGGUAUAAGAAAUAUUCUUAUUUGACACAAUGUAUGGAUUUUUAAAUAAUGAUAACUGUUGUGAAUAUAA